CAGGUUCUGUGGGUGCAACAACAACACGAGAAGAAACGCAAGAAGCGCGAUUUCUCGCAAGACCCCUCUCUGUCGCCCUUCAGCCAGUUUGUUAGUGAGGUGGCGCCCUCUGCUUCUGCAUUUCAUGGCCAACCCAGAUACAGAGCCGUUCCGCCCCACUUAUUUCCUGACCCGCUCUUCAGAGAACAGUGGUACUUGAAUGGAGGUGCCAAAGAUGGAUUAGACAUGAAUCUUGCGCCUGCUUGGCAGAAAGGAUACACCGGCAAAGGUGUAGUAGUUUCAAUCUUAGACGACGGUAUCCAGACUAAUCAUCCUGACCUUGCACAAAACUAUGAUCCUUUGGCUAGUACUGAUAUCAAUGGUAACGAUGACGAUCCAAUGCCCCAAGACAAUGGUGAUAAUAAACAUGGUACCAGGUGUGCUGGAGAAGUGGCAGCAGUAGCAUACAAUCAAUUUUGUGGAAUAGGGGUAGCUUACAACGCCAGUAUCGGUGGCGUCCGGAUGCUGGACGGUGUCGUCAACGACGCCGUCGAAGCCCGCGCGCUGGGCCUCAACCCCGAGCACAUCGACAUCUACGGCGUGACCAGUGGCCGCAAGGGCAAGGGCUCCAUCUUCGUGUGGGCCUCGGGCAAUGGCGGCCGGCACACGGACUCGUGCAACUGCGAUGGAUACACCAACAGCAUCUUCACGCUGAGCAUAUCCAGUGCGACGCAAGGCGGGUACAAGCCGUGGUACCUCGAGGAGUGUUCUUCCACGCUGGCCACCACGUACAGUUCGGGUACUCCCGGGCAUGACAAGAGCGUGGCUACUGUCGAUAUGGAUGCUAGGUUGAGGCCGGAUCACAUCUGCACCGUCGAACAUACCGGCACCUCGGCUUCUGCGCCACUGGCCGCCGGGAUAUGCGCUUUGGCGUUGGAAGCCAAUCCCACGUUGACUUGGCGGGACAUGCAGUACUUGGUGGUGCUGACCUCGAGACCGGGACCAUUGGAGAAGGAGAACGGCUGGAUAGUCACGGGAGUGCGGAGGAAGGUGUCCCACAAGUUCGGGUACGGGCUCAUGGACGCCGGAGCUUUGGUUACUUUGGCGGAGAAAUGGACGACUGUGCCACCGCAACACAUAUGCAAGAGCCAGGAGGUGAUCGAAGACAGGCAGAUCAAUCCGGCCUACGGUACGACCCUCGACUUUUAUAUGGACGUGGACGCGUGUGCCGGGACCCUAAACGACGUCCGUUUCCUAGAGCACGUUCAAUGCAAAAUUUCCUUACGAUUCUUUCCCAGAGGCAACCUCCGCAUUCUAUUAACUUCCCCUAUGGGCACGACUUCCACCCUACUCUUCGAAAGACCCAGAGACGUGAUCAAUUCCAACUUCGACGAUUGGCCCUUUUUGAGCGUACACUUUUGGGGAGAAAAGGCAGAGGGCCGUUGGCAUCUACAGGUAGUCAACGGUGGCAAUCGCCACGUCAAUCAACCAGGCAUUCUCAAGAAAUGGCAAAUCAUUUUCUACGGUACCUCGGUGAAUCCAGUGCGGCUCAGACCGACCAACGGUGCCAGAUCGACUCCAUGGAAGUCGCCUUUGAACACGUUCGCCUUCCCUACGCAAUCUCAACCCAUCACACCUGUCCCCGACAACUUCUUCGACGACGAAGUCAUUCGCAACUUCCAGAACUUCCCCAACAUUUAUUCGUUCGCCGGUUCGAACCAGGAACCGGUGAUCGCCUCGUUGGAUGGUAAGAGUACCAAGGUGCGAGAUAACGACGAGAACUACAUCGAGGACGACGAGGAGAGGAAAGAGGGGUGCGACGAACAAUGCGACGAUCAGGGUUGUUUCGGAAAAGGGCCUGCGAAGUGUGUUGCAUGCCGGUACAAACGGAUGGACAGGACUUGCGUGUCUACGUGCCCUCCUCGAAGUUAUUCGGACUCUCAGGAGGUGUGCCAGCCGUGCCACGAGGCGUGCGAAACGUGCACUGGACCGGAUCAGAAGAGCUGCACGACGUGCUCGCCGGGUCACGUGAGAGUCAUCGAUCUCGACAUUUGUUUGCAACAAUGUCCGGAGGGGUAUUACGAGAAUUUCCUGGAGAAAACAUGCAUCCCUUGUCAGACAAAUUGUGCCGGUUGCCAGGACAGGCCAGAUCGUUGCACCAGCUGCGAUCAUCAUUUGUUGCUCUAUCAGAAUAAAUGUCUAGCGUCGUGUCCGAUGCACACCUACGAAACAGAUGAUUACAGCUGCGGCUCCUGCCAAGAGACCUGCGAAACCUGCUCGGGCGCCAACAGCUCGCAGUGCGUUUCGUGCCCCACGGGCAGGUUCUGGCGCGAGGGCCGCUGCGUCACCGAAUGCCCCGCCCACCACUACGCCGACACGCAGCAGAAGGAGUGCGUUGAAUGUCCGCCAGGGUGCGGCGAGUGCAACAAGACCACCUGCACCACGUGCCUGGACGAUUGGAAGGUGAACGCCAAAGGGCGGUGCGUGUCCAAGGACAGUCAGCGGUGCGACGUCGACCAAUACUACGACAGCGGCAACUGCAAGCCGUGCCACUCGACGUGCGGAUCGUGCGACGGACCGACAGAGGGCGCGUGCAUCUCCUGCGCCAAUCCGCUGAUGUUGCAGGGCACCAAGUGCGUCGGCAGGUGCGACAAGGGCUUCUACAACGAGCGGGACACGCAGCAGUGCGAACCGUGUUUGCACGCGUGCGCCAGGUGUCACGGCAAAUCUAAUUGCACCGAGUGCAAGGUCGGCUUGCAGCUGCAAAGCGGCGAGUGUCGCACCGCUUGCUCGGCGGGCUUCUACAGCGACAAGGGUGUGUGCUUGCGCUGCUACAUGAGCUGCAAGACGUGCAGCGGCCCCGGGCAGGACCAGUGCGUCAGCUGCCCCAACGGCUGGCAGCUGCUGUCGGGCGAGUGCCGGCCCGACUGUCCCGAGCGCUACUACAAGACGGAGUUCGGCUGCCAGAAGUGCCAUCAGGGGUGUCGGAAUUGCCCGGGUUGCAAGGCACAAGAAGGAAAAAGGAAAAUAAACGUAGAAGCUCUUCUUUUAUCGGCACAACCGGUGUCGACUCUACAGAUCGUGAACCCAUUCAAUUUCAUAACGGGAAUGGCCCUUAUUGCCUGCUUGUGUGUCAUCAUACUUUUCAUAACGAUUUUCGUCAUAUUGCAGAGAGGGGGAUUUCCGGCUAACCAACGGGCCUACAGCAAAGUGUCAAUAACGAAACCAAAAGUAACGUGCAAUUACAAUGUCGUGACGGUCAGUGACGGAGACUCUAGCGAUUCCGAUAGUUCCGAAGGGCGCAAGUUGAUUACGCCCAAACCCGAACGGACUGCUUGUUGA